AGAACCAUUACUAGCAGUACACGGAAGCUUACAGUCCUUUGGUCUUGCAUUGUCUGAUCCAUUUUUACCAGUCGCUCUGUGGACUUGUUUUUCCAUUAUAUCACAUAGGAACAUACUAUGUCAGGUGCGCCGCCAACGUCCACGAACCCAACAGCUACCACUAGCCUACUUCCUGCAAAAUCAUGGCAGCAUUUCGUAGCCGGAGGACUAGGUGGAAUGUGCGGCGCCAUCGUUACGAGCCCAUUCGAUGUCGUCAAAACGCGACUGCAAUCAAGUCUGUUUAGAGAAAAACAUGCGUCUGUCGGUGUCGUCGGUGGUGGAGUAGCAGCACUUCCACAAAGACCAACAGGCCUCCUAUGGAAUUUUGUAGAGACAGGACACAUCCUCCGAGAUAUAUACCGCGAUGAAUCUCCUCAGGCAUUGUUCAAAGGUCUCGGUCCCACUCUUGUUGGCGUGAUCCCUGCUCGGUCAAUCAAUUUUUUCACCUACGGCAAUGGCAAACACAUCAUAGCCAAUAACUUCAACAAUGGCCAAGAAAACUCCUAUGUCCAUCUCUCUGCAGCUGCUAUCGCCGGGAUCAUAACUGGGACUGCAACGAAUCCAAUAUGGGUCGUGAAGACACGUUUGCAACUCUCAGCGUCGCAACGGCGGCACCCCCUUUCAGCAGGGAGCACUCUGACUACGACAAAUACUUCACCAACGCGCUUCUUUGGUGGUAGCUGGGCCAUGAUCAAAAUGAUCUCACGAGAGGAGGGCAUAAGAGGAUUCUAUAAGGGCCUUAGUGCCAGCUAUUUGGGUGUGACUGAGGGGACAAUUCAAUGGGUGCUUUAUGAGCGUUUGAAGAAACUUUCAGCGAGCACGGAGGGACAAGGCGGAGUUCAAGAAUGGGCGGGAAUGCUUGGCAGUGCAGGUACAGCGAAAUGUGUCGCAAGUCUUAUCACCUAUCCACAUGAGGUUUUGAGGACACGAUUACGCCAACCACGAGUAAACGGUGUUGUGAAGUACACAGGUCUUUUGCAAACUCUGCGGCUUGUCAUCGCUGAGGAAGGUGCUCGAUCGCUAUACGGUGGUCUUAGCGCACAUUUAAUGCGCGUCGUUCCAAAUGCGGCAGUGAUGUACUCAAUAUAUGAAGGUAUCCUUCGAUGGGGAAAGGAAUAAAGUCUCCGUCAGAACACAUCAAGCUACCUGGGUUUGUCAGGCUUUCAGGUAUGGCUGGAAUUUAUUGCCCCCCGUUAGAUAUAUGGUACUUUUAUUCUCAUAACUCAUCACUCACCGUUCAUCAUACAUAUUUUGAAAUUACCAGUACAUUACAUUUUCACACCACAAUCUAUGUCCACCGCAGCACAUGUAUACUAGCCUCGCAUUACUGUCUACCUCACUGCUCAAACCCCCCACUUACUUGCUUUCGUUGUGUCACGAUUUCAUUUAAUAUAGAGCUAAUAAACACCUCACUAAUUACA